AUGACUAAUUUAUGGGAUCAGUUGGCUCUUAUGGAAUCACCUGAAUUGAAAGUUGUUAAAGCAUACAAUGACCAUAGAGAAGAACAAUGUUUGGUUCCACUUUUGAUGGCUCUUCGUGAUGAUUUUGAGGGACUUCGUGGAGCUAUUUUGCAUCGUAUUCCUCUUCCUAAGGUUGAUUCAGUGGUUAGUGAAUUGUUGGCAGAAGAAACUAGGCUUAAGUCUCAGUCUAACCCACAUCAAGCAAGAGGAAUUAUCUCGAAUCCUUCAUCUGUUUUUGCUGCUCCUUUUCACAAAGGAAAACCUCAAGGGAGGGCUGCUAUUGGUUUUGAUGAAUGUUCAUUUUGUAGGGGAAAAGGUCAUUGGAAAUCACAAUGUCCAAAAUUGUUAAAGGUAAGUAGAACGGAUUUUAGGUCUCCUUCAUCCAAUGUUGUUGAUAUUGCUCCUACUAUGGUGGGUUCUAGCAUUGGUCACAUAUACUCACCCGAGACUAUUUCACAAGCAUUUGAUCUUGUUGAGCAAUUUCAAAAGUUUCUCUCUACCCAGCCUCGUGCUAUGUCAGCCUCCUCUGUAAAAGGUUUGACUCUCCCAAAUUCCUCGGGAUCCACAAUUCAGGAGGCUGAUUGGGACAUACCGUAG